AUGGAGCUGAGUUCCGUGCUGAACAAAUUGACGCGUCACGAAGACCUGACGGAUGCUGAGGCGACGUUUGCCGUCCAGCAGAUCACGUCCGACAAGGUGGAGGAGAACCUGGUGGCUGCUGGCGUCAUGCUAGCGCUACUGGCGGCUAAAGGCGAGAGCGCCACGGAAGUCGCGGCGUUUGCCAAACACAUGCGUCAAGAGGCCGUGCGUGUGGAUAUUCCGUCUGGACGCCCGACGCUCGAUAUCGUCGGCACGGGAGGAGACGGCGCCAAUACUGUCAACCUGAGCACAGCUGCUGCUAUUCUGGCCGCUUCGUGUGGCGCUCUGGUUGCAAAACACGGCAACCGCUCCGUAUCGAGCCGCUCGGGAUCUGCUGAUGUGCUGGAGGAGCUUGGCGUGCCCAUGCUCCAGCCUGACCAAGUGGGACGCUGUCUCGAAGAGGCGCACAUUUCGUUCAUGUAUGCGCCGCACUUUCAUCCGGCCAUGCGUUUUGUGGCGCCAGUGCGCAAGGCCAUGGGGAUCCGCAGUGUCUUUAACAUCCUAGGUCCGCUGCUGAACCCGGCGGGAUGCACGCGCGUGGUCAUUGGCGUCUAUGCACCGAAGCUGCUCGAUGUGUUUGGAAAUGUGCUGCUGGCGCUAGGCGUAGAGCACGGACUUGUCGUGCAUUGUGCGGGUCUAGACGAACUUAACUCAAUGGGCCCUGCAGACGUCGUGGAAGUUCGUAGCAGUGCCGAACAGCCGUUGCUCCGCUACAAGUUGCAUCCUGAAGACGUGGGCGUUCCGGUGGUAACGCUCGAGCAGCUAAAAGGAGGUGACGCGGCUGAGAAUGCAGCUAUCCUCCGCAAGGUACUCAGCGGUGGUGCAGCAAGUGACAACCCCGUGGGCAACACGAUAGCUUACAAUGCUGGUGCCGGACUCUACGUAUACGGGUUGGCGAACAGUAUCAAGAGUGGCUACGAGAUGGCCAAGAACCAGCUUGGAACUGGUGAGGCACUCGCUUUGCUGGACAAGUGGGUAUCAGUAGCACAGCAGCUAAACGCACAGUCUCAAGAGCGAACACCUGGAAUUUAG